CUAGCUAGGCUAAUAAUUUUGGUAGGUAGAUCUAUUUACUUGCUUGACAAUAGUUACGGCAUAUAUAAUAAUAGUUUUGCAAAAAAGGGGGAGGGGCUGGUAUACAAGGAUCUAGCUACUACUAACAAGGAUAAGGAAUAAUCAUAAAAUGGCUUCAGCAAGACACCUCCACAUGAUUCUCCUACUAGUUUCAAGUUUGCUUCUCUUCCAACAAGGAGUGGGUACAGAGACGGGGAGUGGGGAGAUGCUAACGCCGUUUACAGAAGAACCAGGUAAUGACAAUGGCGAUGUUUCAGGGUCUGGUGGACAAUCCCCCACCGAGGGCAGCGGGUCAGGGGGUGAUCUUGAGCCGGAUAUCAUCACUUGCUCAAAUCCUAUCGACCAAGUUACUAUAUCGAAUUUCGAGACAAUUGCAACUUCAUUGAAUAUAUUCGAGUGCAGUUUAGACACUGAGAACGGCAACUCUACUGGCCUAUUGUUCAUUAUAGGGCUUCUUAAUGGAGAAACUGUUACCGUGACAGAAGAAAUUGGCAGUCGGCUACUUCUAGACGAAUUUAAUGAAGAUCUGAUAGUAUUCACGGUGACCGUGUGCACGUACACUGACGAUAUGGAGGACUGUGAUGGAGAGCAUGUACUUGAACUAGGCAGUGUUAGUGUCACCUUGACCUCACAUCAAGAUCGUCUCUUACCUUAUGGGGAGAUCACUGAGGACAGCUCUUUUAGGAACGUGCUGGAUGGUGCUGUCUCCAUUCCAUUAUCAGAGACUAUUCCAUUCUAUUCCAACUAUUACCACUCUCUAUACGUGAGCUCUAACGGUCUAGUCUCCUUCAACCAACCGUAUCUCUCCUGGUGGCCAGUCCCAUUCCCAUACGGGAGAACUCUCACACCAAUUAUAGCCCCAUUCUGGACAGACUUGGACUUCAGGAAUACAAACACCGAUACAAGCAAAGUAUACUACAACACAUACGCUACUAGUGAUGGUACACGACGAGCUGCUGGAUUUUUAAAUCUGUUUGCCGAGAGACUGGAGAGUUACGUUGGUGCUGAUACUGGUUUCCAACCUGAAUGGAUGACAGUCAUAACUUGGAAUGAAGCCACCCCCUAUUAUUGGAGAUUUUAUAGUGGACAGAGUCUCACCUUUCAACUGGUUCUUGCUACUGACUACAUAAGCAUGUAUGCCUUCUAUCUCUAUCCUCCGGGUGGCUUCAAUGUACAGCUGCCUCGAUGGACACGAGUCGUUAUCGGCCACGACCCAAAGGAUUAUGCCAACUACCACAAUGUGGAACUACCAAGAGGAGCUCAGUACAACAUGAUGGAUGCUAUAACUGGAAAUACUGGACAAUUGGGAGAAUGGUACUACAAUUUUACCUCCUCUGAAUUGGACGCUAAUUCCGAGCAGCUGUGUUUGGAAUGGAGCCGGAAAGAAAGAAUUGGAAUCAACAACACGCUUGAGACACAUUUUUCCGGGCUACCAUCUUGUCCUUGUACGCGACAGCAAGCUAGGAGAGAUUGGAGGUUUUGGUUUGCUCAUUUUUGGGGCCUAUCUUCACGAUCUAACUGUGCUACUUUUUUGUGGUCAGGUCGACAAGCUACCAUCGAGUGUUGCUAUGAUACUGAUGGCUCCCUGCUUGUGGGGCCGAAUGCAGGUGGCAGCUACUUGUUGUACAAUCCUCUCUUUCGGUUUGAGAGUUCUUUCAGAGAGGACAGACUUCCGUAUCAACGCUGCUGUGAGAACUCUGACAGAUGUGACCUCUUUUAUACUUACAGGCCCUCCGAUGACUGCUCCAACUACGAGCCUCCAAGAAGAUUUUUUAUUUUCGGAGAUCCUCAUUUUCAGUCUAUUGACAAUCGUAACUUCACCUUCAACGGUAUAGGAGAGUACCUUCUAUUAGAGUCAGCUGCAAACAACCUCAGUAUCCAAGCUCGAUUAGAACAAUUUGACGUUAAUACUCCCGGUACUGUCACAACUUCCAUUGCCCUCCUAGAGGGUGGUUCACCUCCUAUCCAAGUGAAUGCCGAGGCUAGCUCCUUCGCUCUCUACGUGGGUGGUAAUAAAACUGAUUUGCCUGGAACUGGAUCGGCUAUUAUAAUUGGUAGCAGUGGUGUGACGGAUAUCAACACUAUCAGUACUGGUAUUGUGGCGAUGAAUUUGAACGAGAUUUUCAUUAGACGUGAAGACGAUAACGGACAAGAUACACUGACCAUCACCACGCUAGCAGGUGGCUCUCUGUCUCUUGUUUUGGAGAAUUCGUUCCUGGGUAUCACAGUCGAGUUGUCGGAGAACUUCAGAAACCAGACUCGUGGGUUGCUAGGGGUGUUCAAUGGAGACGGCAGUGACGACUUCACACUGCCAAACGGAACAGUUCUCGAUAUAUCACAAGAGGAAGAUAUCUAUCAGUUUGGUUUAGAAUGGCAUUUGGGUGAAGAAGAAUCUCUCUUCAGUUACGGUGAUCUAAACUACAGCUCUAUCAACGAUGGGUACUUGGAUUUUGUCCCGACAUUCUUUGAUGAGCUCAACAUCACGCAAGACGUAAUGGAUGCUUGUGGUAGCAACCAAGCGUGCAUACUAGACGCUAGUCUCACUGGAAACGUGGACAUUGGGACUUUUACCCUCAAUAAAUCCAUGGAGAACAAAGAGCUUGAAAAGAUUCUUGACAACAAACCCCCCAAGGUGACGAGUGGAGUGUUCACUCUAGUGGUGACCACAAUGGAGAAUGUGACAGCCACAUACAAAGUGGAGGACCCUGAUGGAGAUGACAUCAUCAGCAUUGAACUAAAGGGCAUUAACUCAACUGGGAUCGAGUACUCGCCGACCAUAGCAGGAUCUACCGCCACUUUGGAGUUGACUUGGCCUAACCCUGGAUACUCGCUUCCGUCAGAGGAGAUCAGGAUUGUUGCUAUUGACAAGAACGAUGCCUCAACUUCAAGAAGGAUAUCGAUUGUACUGUGUGGAUGUAUGAGCAAUGGAAACUGCUCUGAACUGAUCGAUACCACUCUCUUCAACGUGCAAGGUCAUCAUAAGUUGUUGUGUAAUUGUCCCCUCUUCUUUGGCGGAGAUUCAUGCGAGAUCGACAUGAGAGGGUGUGGUUUUGACGUCUGUCCGGACUAUGCCGUAUGCAUGAAUGAUUCAACUGUUGAUUCCGGCUACACCUGCUCCAAUUGUUCCGAGGGAUAUGAAAUUAUCGCGGAUCCUAAUCUGCCAGAGAACAAGUGUAGUGAUUUGGACGAAUGCAACUCCACAUCGACCAAUAACUGCAGUCAGGUCUGCGUGAACACAGAGGGCAGCUACACUUGUGACUGCAUACCUGGAUACAGACUUGCAGCUGAUGGUGUCACUUGCCAAGAUGUGAACGAGUGUUUUGAAGGCGAUGAUGACUGCGAUCAAAUCUGUACUAACACUGACGGUGGAUUCAAUUGCAGCUGUUUCUCUGGCUAUGUCCGAAUGACUAACGAAUGUGAACUUGCAACAUGCACCAACGUCAAUCCAUGUGACUCUAACACAAUGUGUGCUACUACUGAGAUUGUUGGAAUGUUUCAAUGUGUUUGUGCGGUUGGGGAAAUGUGCAUGGGCACAACAUGUGCUGGAACACAGACUCUCGUGCAAGAAUCAUCACAGACAUGCCAAGGUUGCACUGACGGUAUCUAUGGUUACAAUUGCAUGGAGACCUGCAACUGUAUGAAUGGAGGAACAUGUGAUCCACAAACAGGCUGUGUGUGUGUGGAGGGAGAGUGGACUGGAACUGAAUGCUCAAUUGAGGUCAAUAAUUACACUCCUGUCUUCAAUGACAAUUCGUUCACCCUAAACGGCCAAAUUCGCUGGGAUCUACCAGCCGAAUCUCUCGUUGCUACGGUGGUUACUAUUGACAAUGACACCAACCCGAACUCUGGCAGCGUACAAUACAGUUUGACCAAGUCUCAGUACCAAGUCUCAUCUGGUUUAGCGGACGGUUUAGAGUAUUUUGAGAUUCACCCUUCAACUGGUGAAAUAACAAACACAAUGGCUUUAGCGGAUGUCUAUAGAACACUUGAAAUCUCCUCAUUUGUCCUGAACAUUGUCGCCACAGAUCAAGGUGUGGCUCCAAAAUCCUCCGAAACUACAGCCACUAUUACCCCUCUGUCUGUUACCAUGCUGCCGGGUAGCAUAGCAACAAUCAAAGUACAGGAAAACACUCCAAUUGGUAGAAUCGUAUCUGAUGCCUUCGAAUGUACUGAGUUAGGACCAUCCAGUGAGCUCCUCACUCUAUCAAUGAAUUCCUUAAUUUCUGGACCUUUUGUGAUUGACCAGGACACCUCUAGUCUGGCCGUUGCACGGGAUAUCGAUUAUGAGACUAUUUCGAAUACUCUGUUUAAUUUGGCAGUUGUUUGUACGAAUCGACGUCAAAUUAGUGACACACUCGUAUUUCAAGUUGAAAUUGAAAAUGUUGACGAUAAUCUCUUCAUGUUUGAUAUACCAUUAUAUUCUGUGGAGAUCCCGGAGAACACCUUAGAUUCUGUAGUAGUUUUAACCGUGCAAGCGUUUGAUUUGGACUCUCCAAAUACGAAUGUUGUGUACACUUUUAUCAAUGGCAACGUUCCAGAAUUUCACAUUUCCAUGUCCGAUGGAGCAAUUCGAACCACAAGUGUUGGUUUAGAUCGAGAGAGAAUGGAGGUGUACAAGUUCAGAGUUGAGGCAAGGUUGGCAACGCCUGGUAUCAAUAAUGUGAGUGUGGUCACAACCAAUGUUACGAUAAAACUGACGGAUAUUAACGACAAUGCUCCCUAUUUUAUCGAGUCUGAUGUCUACAUUGAUGAGUUGCUUUCACACAGUGCGAUUGGUGAUAUUGUAUUAACCAUCCUAGCGAGGGAUGAUGAUAUCAGUAGCAACGGAGAAAUCAAAUAUGGACUCCAACAAAACGAUUACUUUGCAAUAAAUGAAACAACAGGGGUUGUGCAUGUGAGCAGUUCACAGUUAAUUCCUCGUAGCACGAUCAGAAUAAGUGUGUACGCUAGUGAUAACGGAGACAUGCCGAUGACCUCGAAUGGCACGAUUAUUGUAUACGUUCGACCAUCCCCAGAUAGACUUAGGUUUGAUGAAAAUCGCUAUCUGUUCAACGUCACUGAGAAUAACGCUCGAGGGUUCAUAGUGGGUUCAGUUGAGGCGGUCAUAGUCGAUGUGUUGAACUCCACCUUCAAUGAAAGCAGUGAACAUCAAGUUGAGUACAAGAUUAUCAACGGAACAUUUACCUCCAUUUUUGUUAUAAGUCGACAAAGCGGAGAAAUUUUCCUGCUAACGAGUUUGGAUUACGAGACAGCACAAGAAUAUGACAUCAUAGUUAGAGCAUCGCUAUCUUCACAGGAGAACAUUACCAAAGAUGUCGUUGUGCGAGUUAUGGUUGUAAAUCAGAACGAUAAUGCUCCGAUGUUUUUAUCAAGUUUCUAUACAACUACCGUAGAAGAAUUGGCCCCAGCUGGUACUACACUACUCCAAGUUUCGGCAAUUGAUAUUGACGAUAUAGACUCGGUAAAUAUCACCUAUCGCCUUGAUGGAUCACCUGAUACUAACAACUUCAACAUAGAUGAGUUUGGUACAGUGAGUGCGAGAUACGUACUAACCAAUAUACGUGACUACCGUUUCAACGUGAUUGCUUCCGAUGGAGAACUAGAAUCAGAAGCUGUUAUCUUCAUCUCUGUAACUCGAGCAACUUCCGUCAGUCUUACGUUCACAAAAGAGAAAUACAUAUUCAAUAUAUCGGAAAAUGUACCACCUGGGUCUUACAUUGGCAGUGUAGCCGCUCUGACAAAUGGAAGCAUUCCGUCGGACGAAUUCCGUCACCUUGGUUUCAGAAUAUUCAGUCCUGAUACGCCAUCGAUGAACGAUAGUAAUUCCACUGGCUCAUUUUUCCAUAUUGACAGUAUUUCAGGCGAUAUUUCAACUUUUUCCGUUGCAGAAUUUGAUGCAGAGAGCCAGCGGGUGUUUAUAUUCUACGUGGAAGUUUUCAAUAUUGACAAUGACGUGAUAGUUUAUGAUGCGGCCGCUGUUGAGGUACAGCUGGCUGAUGUGAAUGAUAAUAGACCCGUCUUCUCUCAAUCGCUCUAUACUAAAGUCAUAAACACCACUCAGCCUAUAAACUCGGUAAUUCUGACAGUCUCGGCCGUCGAUAGAGAUGCUGAAGCUAUCAACAGUGAGGUAGAGUACAGUAUUAUAUCAGGCCCGUUAGGUUUUGCUCUACAAGCUUCCACUGGCGAUCUCUCAGUAACUAACAGUACACUAAUACCGGGAGAGUACUACCUAACCAUAGUCGGCAGUGAUAGAGGCUUCCCUAUAUUGAACAGUUCUGCUACUGUUUUCAUAGCUAUACUGCCAGCUGUUCCAACUAGGAUCGAAUUUAAUGAGACUUUGUACUCUUUUAGUAUCUCUGAAAGUGCUGAGCUAGGCGCACUCGUUGGUGUAGUUCGAGCAUUCGAUUCCAACCCUAACACCACAUCAACACUUGAGAGUAUCGUGUAUUCGACUCCUAAUGUAACGAGGUGCUUCACGCUUGAUCUAUUAGACGGUGAAAUUCGUGUGUCUUGUGGACUUGAUAGAGAAACGGUACAACAGUUUGAGCUGCAAAUUGUAGCUAGUAUUUCAAGUCCAAAUGGUGAUGUAAUCGGAUACUCUAAAGUCAUUAUUAACAUCCUGGAUAUAAACGAUAAAAAACCGGUUUUUUUACUCGAUGUCUACGCUACUGUAAUCAACGAUAACCAUGGUAACAAUACAGUAUUACAAGUGACCGCUUCUGACGCUGACAGUGGAAGCAAUGCAGCUAUUGAAUACAGUUUGACUGACCCUGAGGGCGUAUUGGUAAAUGCUACUGAGUAUUUCAAAAUAAACAACUCUACUGGCAUUAUAACACUGUCUGAUUUAACCGUUCCUAUUGGUGAUUACAGAGUGAUUGCUGUGGCAACUGAUCUUGGUAUGUUUGUGCGUAUGUCAUCUACAGCUGUUGUUCUAAUCUGCGUCACACGAUCUCAACCAGGUCAGAUUGUUUUUCGAGCGACAAUCUUCAGCAUUAGCGAGAAUCUACCUGGUGGAGCUUCAGUUGGAACUGUUCUUCUCAGCUCUGGUAUUCAAGACAUUGUACCCUCAGAAUUCCCCAACAAUCUUCAGUUUAGAUUAGUUGACAAUAACUAUUUCAGAAUUGACUCAAUAUCAGGAGAAAUUUUCACCACUCAACCUCUCGAUCGCGAAACAGUUUCUAGCCAUGUACUCUUCAUUGUAGCUGACUUCACUGCAUUUAGUAUUAGUGCUGCAGAUUCGAUAGUAAUUCGGGUGACAGACGAAAACGAUGUGACACCAGUAUUCAACCCAAUCCAGUACUCGACUAUAAUUGAUGAUAAUGCGACCAUGGAUUAUGUCGUAAUUAGCAUGAUUACUACUAGAGACACUGAUGAAGGUGACAAUUCUCGAGUUACAUUCUCUAUCGAAGGAGCCGGUGAUGAUUUCCCGUUUGGUGUAGUCUCCGUUCAAUUCAGCCCACCAAUCACCAGGGGACAGAUCAUCGUCUCAAAUGUCUCAAACUUGAUUCCGAAAACAUACCAGUUCCAAAUACUAGGUACGGAUAACGGGAAUCCAGCUCUUAAUCAAACUGCUGAUGUAACCAUAAUUGUGGAGCAUGCAUUACCAGAAAUAAUUUUCUUCCCCACACCAUUAUAUGUAUUCAAUUUCACUGAGAAUAUGCCGCUGGGUACUUUUGUUGGAAAUAUAUCAGUAAUGCAAGUAACACCUGCACUAGAUGAGUUAGAUUACGAAAUCACCAGUGGGAAUUCUGGUUUCUUUCACCUUAAUCCAAGUACAGGAACACUAACUACUGCACGAUCAAUCGAUCGAGAAGCAAAUUCAACUUUCACAAUUUUGGUGCGAGCAAUUUUAUUCGGCGCUUCUCAACUUGUGCCGGCUGAAACAAUGAUAACAGUGAACGUUCUGGACGUUAAUGACGAGAGGCCUAUCUUUACUAAUGGCGGGAGCUACUCCAGGACAAUCUUCACCGAUGAAGUGAGCACUACAGCUAGUAUUAUCAGUGUACUCGCAACAGAUGAAGACGAAGGAAGUAAUGCCGAGAUACAGUAUAGUAUCACCGACGGAAACGAUUUGGGACUGUUCAGAAUUGAGGAAACUGGAGACAUAUUUCCUACGACAGCUCCUCUUAAUGCAUCGACAUUCCAAUUAUCUGUGACAGCUGAAGAUAUGGGGGACAAUGUGUUGAGUAGCACGGCCACUGUGAUUAUUGUGAUUCAAAAUGCCAUACCUGCUAACAUCAGUUUCCUUCAACCUAGUGGAUACCAAUUUAGUGUUAAUGAGAACUCGGACUUCCUUUUAGUAAUUGGUCAAGUUGGUGUAGAGGCUAUACAACCUGAAAACCUGCAAACUUUCUUAGAAUUCUCUGUAGUUUCUAACAUAUUCUCAAUCGAUAGACUUGGAAAUAUUAAAUCAAAUGGUGUGUUAGAUUUUGAAGUUGCUCAUAACUACACACUCAAUAUAACUACCACUCUGGACAUUCCAAUAGAACGAUUCACACCAAAAGUCACUCUCACCACAACUGUACAAGUGAUUAUAUUCGUGGUUGAUUUGAACGACAACGAUCCAGUAUUCGACAACUUUCCCUACAAUCUAGAACAAUUUGAGGAAAGACCAACUGAAGAACUUGUUGCCACUAUAAGAGCCACAGAUGCUGACUCAGGGUCAAACCAGCAGCUAGUGUACACUUUGCUAAACAGCGACCCUUCCAUCACAAACAGUUUCAGAGUUGACGCUAGCAAUGGAGAAUUAUUUGCAGCAGCUGGUAUAGACAGAGAGGUGCAAGAAACGUACUUCCUACUGAUCAGAGUAUGUGAUAUGGGCAGCUCUCCAAAUUGUAUUACGGAAAUUAUCAACUUUAUGUUACUGGAUAUCAAUGAUAAUAUUCCUCAACUCACUUCUGGUACUACAUACGAAGUACGUGAGAGAUUGCCUGCUGGAACUUCUGUAUUUACUCUUACUGCUUCAGAUCCAGACGCUGGUAGCAACGGAGUUAAUAGUUUGAGAUAUCUACUACCCAACACAAAUCUUAUCGGAUCUUCUGGAAUAAUCUAUGGUACGAGAGGUGGUGGUGUGUUCACUAUUGACGAACAAACUGGUGUCGUUUCUCUUAUAGUCGAGCUGGAUUAUGAAACUGAAAGGUAUUAUACCACAAUUAUCAGAGUGCGAGACAGGUGGUUUAAUACUGAUACAAAAGAUGGUAGCCAAAGAUCAGAUACGGGCAUUCAAAUUAAUGUGAUUAAUGAACCUGAUAACGACCCUCAAUUCUCGCUACCCACUGGCCAAGACAUGUACCAGGUCACUCUAAAUCCAAUGCUUAGUAGUGGACUCACAAUACAUGAAGUGGAAGCCACAGAUGCAGACCCUGAGGACCAACUUAGCUAUGAGAUCGACUUCAUCAUGGAAGAGGGUAACAGUGGAAUACAACCUCUGUUUGUGAUUGACGGAGCUACUGGACGAGUAUACUUGGAGGGUGAUCAAGUAUUCACUCCGGAGGCACGAUUCACAUUUAGAAUUAUCGUGUAUGACAACAGUCAGUUUAAUUUGACGGAUAGUGUAUUUUUGCUUGUCGAGAUUCUACCAGAACAGUUGCAAUUCGAACAGCCUUCCUACACAGUGGACAUCAGUGAAGGAGUUGGAAUUGGAUCUGAACUAACUCGUUUGUUUAUUCAACAACUGUCAGUAUCUUCGAGCAUUACCUAUGUGUUAGAGGUCAACAGCCCGAGUAAUGAAGGGGAUGUGUUCACCUUACCCGGAGGCAGUAGCCCUCAGGCUGUAAUUUCACUUGCAAAUGGCGAAGGAUUAGAUCGAGAAAAUAUUAACGAGUAUAGAAUGACAAUUACAGCUCAAAGAACAGUUCCGACUCUACAGACAGCCGUCACUACCUUGGUGAUUAAUGUUCUAGAUAUAAACGAUAACACACCAACGUUUAUUGACGGGGCAAACCCUGUAAUUAACGUUGACGAGGAGACGCUCUCUCACACACAAGUCAGCAAAAUCAAUGUCACUGAUCGUGAUAUCGGAGAAAAUAGUCGUAUCCAGUACACAGUCGAUAACCCUCCUCUGGGGUUCCCAUUUUCCCUCGACCCAAAUACUGGGAUACUCACUGUCAUAGGAGAUAUUGAUUAUGAGGAGGUGCAAUCUUUCGAGAUGACAGUUACAGCUCGAGAUUCUGCUGCUGCUUCUACUUUCCUUUCGAGCUCUCAAACGUACUCAAUUCGAAUUAACAACAUCAAUGACAAUAUUCCUAAGUUUUCAGCUGUAGCCUAUUUUGGAGAGAUGUCUUCAGAAGCGAUGAGGGGGGAUAUCGUGCACCAUAUCAUACUGACUGUCACUGAUGAUGAUGAUGUGAACAACGAGCAAGAUUUUAAUUUCGCGAUUACUUUCAGUGAUCAGUCCUCUGCAGAUGCCAGUCUAGCAGGAUAUGUAUUGCAGGUCAUAGAAGACCCUCCGUAUCGAAUUCGCAUAAUGAACAUUCCAGAAAAUACUGGCGCAGGACCAAAACUUCUUUCUCUUCGGCUUAGUGUGAGCGAUGGCGAUCAUUCAACUACUAUUCCUCUUUAUAUCUAUGUGUUUGUUAGUGAUAACCUGGUUACCUUCAACCUAAGAGGAGUGGGUAAAGAAGAGUUUGAGUCUUGUGUAAAUAAUUUAACCUCGUUAUGCAAUUUCCUGGACGUGCUCGGAAUAGUUGUAAAAGCACAACUCUCAGCAAGCAAUGGAGUGUUCUUCUCCAAUCACUCUUUGGUUGCCAGUAACACAGACACAGACACGAACACGAUUACACUGGAAGUGUACGGAUGGUACGGCUCUGAAUACAACACAGCUAGAGACAACAAUGGAGAACUGAGCAGCUCAACUACUCCAAACAUCGUUUAUGUUUCUUACUCCAGCAAUGUUGCAGCUUUCACAGCUGCUUCCAGUAGUGACCAAUUCCUACCAUUCUCAUUUGGAGUGGAAGUUGAUGAGCCCACUGUGGCUCCACCUCCUGAAGAACUGGACCAGGUUAUACUGAUAGCAGUAGUGGUGUGUGGUGUGGUGGUGGCUGGCCUGUGUAUUGUGCUCACCAUUGUUCUGGUGUGUGUGCUCAAGCUGAGGAAAAGGAAUGAGCCUAGACCCAAAAGACAAAGAAAGCCAAGUGAUCUGUAUCUCCGUAAGAGGAAAGAGCCUCGCUCGAGACGCCAGAAGAGUAGGCGUGGUUCCUAUGAGGACCUGGCGCUCACUCCGAGGGGAGGGAGUGACUUGGCCUAUGAGACCAUGUACGAUGAUGAUGACAUAUUAGACUCCGAACAGACAAUGCCGUGGUUCGACCCCAAAUACCUGGCCACAGAUGAGCAGCGCUAUGAUGGUGAUACUGAGCAGAGCCGACGAAAGACCAAUGUCAGGGCAACGGUGGAUGGCAAUGCUCGACGACAGAGUCGACGCUACUCGUCUGAUGAAUCAGCUGCUCAGGAGUCGUCAGCCGAUGUGGAGACUUACCUAGACCAGUACAAGAACUCAACUCCAAUCAGGCCUGGUCAGAAUAUGGGGGAGUUUGACAUGUUUGCCAGCCCUCGUGAGGACGACCGACCGCUCAGACCCUCUCUGGGAGAGUACAACUGGGAGGGACAGCAACGGCAGUAACACAUUCAGAUGAACACUCUCUUUUCUAUGACACUACAUGUAAAAUAUAGUUUGCUGUGUAUAUAUAAUUAUGUAUUAUUAUAUGAUUUCAAUCUCUUCUGUGAAUUGUUAAAUUUUUGUCCACAAUAAUGUUAAAUAUUGAGAAA